UUACAGCAUGGCUGCGCUCAGUGUUACGAGGUGUUUAGUACGGUCUUACUUUUGCGUUAAAUCCGCUCAUAAAAAUGUGCAAACUUGUUUGCAGACAACUACACGAGUCUUCAGUGUGUCAGCAUCACGCAGUAGCUCUGAGAGUGUACUGAAAGCUCAGUUCACAGAUAAAGAGGUUCAAGAUAUUCUGACCAAAAUCACUGGUCUCAACCUGGAUAAAGUAUUUCGACCCUUAAUCCAGCAGCUAACACCACCUAAAUACAAGCUUUUGACAGACACUGAAUUAGAGGAGGCAGUUCAUAAGGCAGAGGAACAAGCAAAACAUUUGCUGGAAAUGCCACCCAUUCUGCCAGAGAGGAAGCCUAUAGACGAUGUCCUGGCUGAAGAUCAAAUGCUGGAGGGCAUGGACACUGCUAAAUAUGUCUUCACUGACAUAAACUUUAACAUCCCACAUAGAGAAAGGUUCAUAGUUGUGAGAGAGCCCAGUGGAACUCUGAGGAAAGCAUCAUGGAAUGAAAGAGAUAGGAUAAUCCAAAUUUAUUUUCCUAAAGAGGGUCGCAAGGUCACAGCACCACCUGUCUUUAAAGAAGAAAACCUCAGGGUGGUUUUUGAACAGGAAAGACAUGAGGAUGUGCUGAACCAUUGUGUUGUCCAAUUUGAGCCAGACUCUGCAGAAUUUAACAAAGUGUUUAUACUGACCUAUGAAGACAUUGAAAAGCAUGGCAAAUACGAUCUACUCAGAUCCACACGGUUCUUUGGUGGUUUGGCCUGGCAUAUGGUUAAUGAACGCCGAAUUGAUGGCCUUCUUGUGGAUAUGUUGCAGCGAGACCUAAUGCAGGAUGCGGUGAAGUUGGUGCGUCUUUUUAAUUUAGUACAUCCUCAGAGUGAGUCUGCGCAGCAUGCUCAAGGACAACAAGCCGCUGACCUGGACCUUCUAAAGAUCUAUGCCCAGUAUGAGUCAAGUAGAGCUGGAUUCAUUGAGCUGGCUGUGCAGACCUAUGAGCAGACUAAAGCACUGGGCUCUAUUUGAAUGCAUCAAAAAGAGUGUUAAAUGG